CUGGCCGGAGUUUUACCGUAAUCAGGGUUUAGGCGGGGGAUUUGGAGGACACGUCUCGAUUUAACCACGGCGAAAGAGAAUUUCGUAGCCAAAGAUAACGCAGAUGAUCCAAUUUCUGAAAAAGGUUUCGAAAUCGCAUAACACACUCAUACGGAUCGCGGCUUUUGCUGCUGCUGGUUCUUGUUUCUUGUACGGCAGAAGCGAAUUAGAUUCGAGACCCACGGUAGCAUUGUCGAUUCCUGCUUCUUGGAGCGAACCACUGUUUCUUCCAUGCCAGACCACGCAGGGCUUAAAGGUUUCGUCGAUUCCGGCGUUUGAUCACCGGGGAUUGGGCCUUCCGUUGUUCGCUUCAAGAGUCGGUCCUGCUCCACCAUCUGAUGCGGAAAAGGAAACGCCUGGAGUUGCUGGAGAUGGCCAGAAGCCUUGUCCACAAUGUUUGGGAAGAGAUACAAUUGCUAAUGCAGCAGCAAAUGUCGGCCCUGCUGUUGUAAAUAUAUCUGUUCCUCAUGGUAUUUAUGGAAUUGCUGCUGCCAAAAGCAUGGGCUCCGGAACUAUUAUUGACAAGGAUGGUACAAUUUUAACAUGUGCCCAUGUUGUGACUGGUUUUUACAGUUCACGAGCUGUAUCGAAAGGAAAGGUAGAGGUUACUUUACAAGAUGGUCGGACGUUUGAAGGUACAGUAAUGAAUGCUGAUUUUCACUCUGAUAUUGCCAUCGUAAAAAUAAAUUCUAAAAGCCCUCUUCCCAUGGCAAAACUUGGUUCUUCAAGCAAGCUUCGACCUGGGGAUUGGGUUGUAGCAAUUGGGUGUCCACUUUCACUUCAGAAUACUGUCACAGCUGGUAUAGUAAGUUGUGUUGACCGUAAGAGCAGUGAUUUGGGUCUUGGUGGAAUACGAAGGGAAUAUCUGCAAACAGAUUGUGCAAUUAAUGUGGGAAAUUCUGGGGGCCCUCUUGUUAAUAUCGAUGGUGAAGUUGUUGGUGUGAACAUUAUGAAAGUGGAUGAUGCUGUUGGAUUAAGUUUUGCUGUACCAAUUGAUUCAGUCUCCAAAAUUACAGAGCAAUUCAAGAAAAGAGGGAGAGUUAUUCGGCCUUGGCUCGGAUUGAAAAUGAUUGAUCUCAAUGAAAUGAUCAUCGAACAACUUAAAGAAAGAGAUACCACUUUUCCAGCUGUCACUGAAGGGGUUCUUAUAGCUAUGGUAACUCCUGGGUCCCCUGCUAGUCGUGCCGGAUUUCGUUCGGGUGAUGUUGUCAUUGAGCUCGAUAGCCAUCGUGUUGCAAGUAUCAAAGAGAUCAUUGAAAUUAUGGGAGAUAGAGUUGGGGUUCCAUUAAAGGCAGUUGUGAAGAGAUCGGUUAACAGCACCAUCACUUUGACUGUUCUUCCGGAGGAGUCCAAUCCAGAUAUGUGAUUUUUUACACUACACAUUUAUAUUGUUUUCCUUCCCAUUUCUGCCCUUUUUUUAAUCAACUUUCUUUCACUUAUGAAAUGGGUGGAAUGGCAAUCAUCAAUUUUGGUUUAA